GCCAGUCGGUGUUGCGGGGCGAGAGUGCGGGGGUGUGUGGCGACAGCGGACGGGGUCGCGUCGUGCGUGCCGGUUCAUCGCAGUGACCUCCCUCGGGCCGAGCUCGGUGACCGUUGUGACCUCCUGAGAGGGAGCUAGUGACUGGUGCAGGACACUGCCGGGCAGCCGCGGUUUGAGUGGUCGCGAAGUGUUGACAGGAGCUGCUCAGGAAUCUCCGACAGCUUUCUUCACUCUGGUCGCUGGGUGGACAUGUGAAGCGGAUGAUGGCCCGCCUGCUGCACAGUCCACUGCUGGUCGUCGUCUUCUGUGCAGUGACGUCACGUCAGUUCGACAUCAGGGAGUGUGAUGCGGCGCUGGGAAUGCAAUCCGGCGAAAUUCCGGACUCGGCCAUCACCGUGACGUCAUCACACGACCCGGCCCGCGUCGGCGCCAAGCAAGCCCGACUGAAUGUGGAGCUGGACGGCGGCGCGUGGUGUCCGGAGCGGCACAUCACCAAGGGCACCCGCGAGUACCUGGAGGUGAACCUCGCCUGGCCGCGGGUCAUCAGCGCUGUCAGCCUGCAGGGUCGCUUCGGCAACGGCCAGGGCAGGGAGUUUGCCGACCAGUUCACGCUCGAGUACUGGCGGCCCGGCCUGACCGCUUGGAAGCCGUACAAGGCCUGGAAUGGUUCACAGGUGCUGGCUGGCAAUGAAAACAACUACCUGGCCGUGAAGAGGCACCUGGUGCCGCCGAUUUUCGCCACCAAAGUGCGUGUGCUGCCCUACAGCAUCUACGCUCGCACCGUCUGCAUUCGGGCCGAGAUCCACGGCUGCAACAAAACAGACGGCCUGGUGUCGUACUCGGCACCGCAGGGUCAGAGCCGUUGGCCCGGCGUCGAGCUGAAGGACCAGACGUACGACGGACUGCACAGCCAGGGUCAGCUGUACGGCGGUACCGGACAGCUCAACGACGGGACCUACGGCACCGACAACUUCCGACAGAACCUGGGACACGGCAGGGGAUUCGAGUGGGUCGGAUGGCGGAACACUUCAACGGACGGCUCACUGGAGAUGACGUUCGAGUUCAGCGAAGUCAGAAAUUUCUCCGAAGUGAUCAUACAUACAAAUAACAACAGACGAGAAGAAAUUGAGGUGUUCUCCCAGGCCAUCGUGACCGGCUCCAUCGGAGGUCGCUACUACAACACCGAGCCCGUGCUCCACUACACACUGGGUGGAGGCUUGGACGGCGCGCGCAACGUGUCGGUCAAGCUGCCUCCGAUGGCGGUCCGCUUCCUGAAGGUGGAGCUGCUGUUCGCUGCGCAGUGGAUCCUAGUCAGCGAGGUCUCCUUCAUCUCAGAACCUGCCAUCGGCAACUUUUCCGACGAGACUGGACCAGUGCUGUUGAACAAUGGAGCUGCAGGUCACAGCGCAGGAGCGGGCAGCGGCAUAGCAGCGUCGGCCGGCGCUGGCGGCGGUCUCUCCGGCGAGCACAUCGGUCUGAUCGGCGCUCUGGCCACCGUCAUCCUGGUGCUGGUGUUGGUGAUCCUGUACAUAGUGCACCGGGUGCGCGGUCAGAGGCCCGGCACCCAGAUCGUCAGCCAGCUGGCGCCGGCCUACACCCAGCAGCUGCCCACAGACGGCGGAAAGACCGCGCUGAGUGAACAGUACGCCGAGUCGGGGUACCGUACCCCGUACAGCGCCAUCUGUGAGAAGUACGGAGAACCACUCAGCCCCGGACAUUACGCAGACUACCAGUCGCAGGACUACGCCGAGCCGCUGAUGACGCCGCCGCCGCCACUGCCGCCCGUCACCAACAGCCCGCUCUCCUCCUCCAAGAGACCGACUCUGGCGCUGGCCGACAAGCCGCCGGCCAGCCCCAAACUGAGUCUCAGUCCGCGCCUCAAACACAGCCCCAAGACGGUCAGCACGUUCAGGAGACAGGCGGGAAGUCCGGUGCUGGAGCAGCACUACGCGGCGACAGAUAUUUGUAAGCCUUCGGACUACCAUCCUGAUGAGAACUUCCCGAUGGACGAAGUUGAGGUGCCGCAGAUUCCACGCCACCAGCUGAAGCUGUGUGAAAAGCUCGGCGAGGGCCAGUUUGGCGAGGUGCAGCUGUGCCGCAUUGAGGUCGGCGCCGGAGGAGACCUGGUUCCGGACGUCAUCGGCCCCGGCUGCGGCCGACUGGUGGCGGUGAAGACACUGCGAGCGGGCACCUCGCCCACAGCACGGGCCGACUUUGAGCGCGAGGUGCGUACGCUGGCCCGGCUGCAGGACGCCAACAUAGUGCGCGUGCUGGGCGUGUGCACGCGAGAUGAGCCGCUUGCGAUGGUCGUCGAGUACAUGGAACACGGCGACCUGAACCAGUAUCUGCAGCAGCACGUGGCAGAGACGGCGCUGCACGGAUCUGGCAAGGUUCUCAGCUAUGGAAGCUUGAUUUAUAUGGCCACUCAAAUCUCCUCCGGCAUGAAAUAUCUGGAGUCCCUCAACUUUGUGCACCGCGACUUGGCCACCAGGAACUGCCUUGUUGGCCGCGGUCAUCUGGUCAAAAUCUCCGACUUCGGCAUGAGUAGGAGUGUCUACGCCAACGACUACUACAAGAUCGAGGGCCGGGCUAUGCUGCCCAUACGCUGGAUGGCCUGGGAGUCCAUCUUCUUGGGUAAAUUCACCACCAAGUCGGACGUGUGGUCGUUCGCGGUGACCCUGUGGGAGGUGCUCACCUACGCCCGACAGCAGCCGUACGAGGAGCUGUCCGAUGAACGGGUCAUCGAGGCACUGGCGAGACUCUACCACAACGACGCACAGCAGGUGUUCCUGCCCCAGCCGCACGAUUGUCCGAGAGAGAUCUACGACCUGAUGCUCGAGUGCUGGCGCCGAGACCCGAUGGACCGGCCAAACUUCCGCGAGAUCCACCUGUUCCUGCAGCGGAAGAACCUCGGCUACCGGAACGAGAACGGCUCGUGAUUCGGUCGCGCGUAGUCACGAGAUGCCAGGGCCCGCCCCGUUAGGGAGGGGACCCUCGCCGGUGCUGACUCGCGCGCCGAGAACCGUGCACGGCCAGAGGUGGCGCCAUCCUUCUGUGAUAUAUCGGUGGGCAAUACGACUGGGACGAGUCCCGAGGCUGCUAGUCAUUGCAUGGGACGCGCCCCAGGCGACUUCACGAGCCCCUGCCAACCCGCCAGACGCCUAAACGAGCGAUGCUGGAGCCCAACUGACCGGAGGUGAACGGACAAAGCCUCGUGAUGACCGGGAUGUGCUCCUCGAUGUUGGGGCGGGCACGGGACAUCUGACGCCUUGGGUCGCAUCAGGCGAUGUCUGGGUCGCGUCAGGGUCAGGAGUCAUGUCAAGAACCAGUGACCCCGUGAGCAGAACUGAGGGCCUGAUCGGGAUGAGGGCCUGCGUUGGGACGACAGGAUCGUGAGCUUGUGCGGAAACGAACGCCGAAAUGGUGAUUGACGAAGCCCAAGCAAAUAUGGGCAAUUGAGAAACCGGCGUGAAAUGAACUCGACGUGCACCGAACUGCUGCAUGUUCUUUGUACAGUUUGAUAGUGUUUCUACGUGUACCACCGUGCUUCAUACGAUUGGCAAGAGCUGAAUGAGAUUGCUUUUAGUGCCUGUGUCAUUUUAUAUGCUGAACUGUGAUUAUUAAUAAACAUAUCCAUGCGA